UCCAAAACACACAUAUCGACUCUUCGAGGAUCACCCGACAGCGUCGUUAUAUCUUUUCAAAAUGUCGGAUGUAGAAGAGCCCACCAGCCCCGUCGCCGCCGCCGAGGAGGUCGAAGUUGGCGCCGAUGACUCCAACCAGUCUGGCAGCAUGUCCGUUCUUGACGCCCUCAAGGGUGUUCUCAAGAUCUCCCUCAUCCACGACGGUCUCGCCCGCGGUCUCCGUGAGGCUUCCAAGGCCCUCGACCGCCGCCAGGCUCACAUGUGUGUCCUGAACGAGGCUUGCGAGGAGGAGGCUUACAAGAAGCUCAUCGUCGCCCUCUGCGGAGAGCACAAGAUCCCUCUCAUCAAGGUCCCUGAUGGCAAGCAGCUCGGCGAGUGGGCCGGUCUCUGCCAGAUUGACCGUGAGGGUAACGCCCGCAAGGUCGUCAACUGCUCUUGCGUUGUCGUCAAGGACUGGGGUGAGGAGUCGCAGGAGCGCUCCAUCCUCCUCAACUACUUCCAGACCGAGCAGUAAACGCUUCAUUGCGCUUUACGCCGCGUCUUCUUACCAACCACCGAGCUCCCCGAACAACAAUCAUCAAUCACGUCAAUUUGCUACACUUAAAAGCAUAGCGCGGAGGGUCGGGCAAAGGUGUUAUUUUCAGUUGGGAAUGGCAAUGGCAUACAAGUUCAAAAUGGAAUGAGAAAACUCUCCAAAACACA